AAAGAUACUUUUGUAAAUUACAUGAAAACUCUGCUUAUACAUGGAUUAUUUUAAUUUUAAAAACAAAAGGUCAAGUUGUUGUUUAACCCUCCCACUUAUAAAUCUGUUCCAAUCAGUUGAAACUCCUGUCUUUACACAGGUUUUCAACAACUAAUUAGCAUGGUGUGAUGUUCCAUCAUGCUUGAAACAAACAAGAAUUAUCCCAAAUUCCACGUAACAGGACAGAACAACUACAGGUCUGUACUUUGAAAUCUGCUGUUAUGAAAAGUGAAAGCAAACUCAGUCAGUGUCAGGCGCUCCUUCAGUGUAAUAGGAACCACAGCAUAGAGAGAAGUGUGCACAUUGCAAAAGUUACACAUGUCGGAAAUGUAGGAAGGACGGUCCUUGGCAGUGUGGGAACUGUUAACAUUUGAAUUUGAUGAUUGUAUAUAGCACGGAACUGACCUCUCUGUUCUGUUCUUUCCUCUGCAUGUCCUGGAGUACAAAAGAAACACCAUGCACCAAAAUGUGGAGAUUGGGCAAGAUCGGAAAAAAAAACCAAAAAAAAAACCACAGUCAUUGGUUAUAAGCGCAAGAAGGCAUGCGAAUUAAUAUGAAUAAUGUUGCAUCCGUGCUACAGUGUUUUCCGAAAUGUACUAUACAGGUCAUACAAUGAGUUAUUCCAAAUAUCAUAUAUACCUAUGUGUCUGUUUUUUAUCAGUGCAGCUUUGACAUCAUGGACCAUAAGGUGCAUACUAAUUCAGCGUGAGCAGGAACACUCAAUAAGUCUGAAUUAAAAAGAAAUCAUGUGACGGUGAGAUACGAAGAAGGCAGAUGCCACCAGCAUUUGUGUGUCAGCUUUUAUCCCUCCAGAUCAGAGAAUUUCCAGUUCCAUUGUUUCAAAACACCACUCACAUCUACAGUUGUUCCCAGUUUCAAAUAAAAACUAACAGUGUUAGAUCUGGGGCGGGGGGUGGGUGUUGUAUCGUGAUUGUGACAGAGAAUAAAAGUAAAAAAAGUACUAUAAAUUUACACCGGCUAUUACAGACACAAAUCAAAUGUAUGUUUUUAUUGUAUAAUAUUAACAAUAAGAGCAGCUCACUACUCAAAACAGUGGUGGGUUGGGGGGUCUGGUAUAGCAGGCUGCUUGGGCUUAUAGACACAUUUACAAGACAAAAGACACUGACAGACAGGUGCAAAGGGAUAUAAUGUGGGCCGGGUAUACGAGUUUUUUCGCAGGCUUUGGUAAUUCUAGUGUUAAAGUGGCAAGGGAUAAAAGAGUUUUUUUCAUAGUCUUCAGAUUCUUGUGCUAGGAAUUUCUUUUGUGGUUACAUCCAUACAUAUAAGAAGGUACAUAGAAUUGAACAACACAAUAUACAACGCAUUACACCAUCACAAUAUUAUUUAUACAGUAGUAGUAAUAAAUAUAUGGCACAAGACACAGGUAUAUAAAAUGAUAUAAUAAACUAGAACUUUACUCCUGUCCAGAAAUAUAUUAAGUAAGCCCUAUAUAAAUAAAUAUAAUAAAAUGAACACCAAAUAAAAAUAAUUUAUAUUUAAUGGAGGCGUGUAGAAUCAAAAAAGAAAGGGAUGAACCAGAGACUGUUUAUAUAAUAGUGACUGCUAUUAAAAAGAAACUGUUUACAUGUCUAGUAAUUUUUGCUUUCAGUGUUGGUUAAAGUUGUUACAUUGUUAUGAUAUUAUUCUAGAUUUUAAACUAGAAUAUCUUGUUUUUGAUGUGAACAAAUCAGUGAUUCAAAGAUUCGAAUCAUUUUGGUGAAUUGAACCAAAUGAAUCGAAUCACUAAAUAGAAUCAUUCUGCACAUUACUAGUACUUAUCCUUAUGCAUAAAAGUCAUACUGGGGCUAAUAUGGCCAGGCUACCUUGUAAUGUCACUAUGUAAUAGGGGUUUAAAGAAAAAGAUCUAGUGUUCGUCACCGACAACACAGCAAAAAUGCUUGUUGCAGCGCAGGUACCUGGCUUUUCUCACAUUAAAUGCUAUAUGCACACAUUAAACUUGUUGGGUCAGCCCACAAUUAAUCUACCGGCCAAUGCACAAUAAGACACGUCCCUGGGUUUUCCCACAAAAGUACCCAAGGCCUUCAGGCUUUGCAGCAAAAGCAGAAAUUGAUGGAUCUUCCACAGCAAAGGCUGGUUACCGAUGUGCCAAACUGGUGAAACAAUGCAUUUGAUAUGGAUGAAUGUUUCCUUGAGCAGCAACAUGCAAUCACUGCUGCACUACCGACCCCCAAGAUGAGGAAGAACAAGAAGGAGAUUGUGACUUUCACAGAGUCAGUUAUAACAAAUGCAGAAGCAUUUGUUGUACAAACACUGAAGACAGCAUGUUAGUUAUGUUAGAUGACACUCACACCCACACUCUUGGUCAUUGCCCCACUUCACAUACAGCUUCUGCAGGACACACAUGGGAGUCUGGGAGAUAACCUCUUUGUCAGAGGUAUAAAUGAUGCUCUUCACCAGGACCUGAAGAAAUGGUAUGCAAGUGAGCAGGAAAUGGCCACACUUUAUAUGGCAUCAGCCAUUGAUGAAAGAUUUAAAUCACUACCAUUCCUUUCAGAGAAUGAGAGAUUAAAAACCUAUACAAGAAUGGUCCAAGAAGCUACAGCAGCAGAGCAGCAGCAAGCACCUCAUUUAAACUGAAAUUUAUAAAUCUUUGUCAAAUAUUAUAGGUUUGCAAUACGGUUUAAAAUGUGUUUCUUUUCAGUAGCUGACUAUGCAUUCAGAGUAAAAUAAUGCUUCUCUUAGUGUGUGUGCGUAUGUGUGUGUGUGUGUGUGUGUGUACUUGCAUUACUAUCUUAAAGGGGACACAAGCCUGACUGCACACCAACACAGUGAGGACCUCUGACCAAGUGGGGACCAAAAAUGAGGUCCCCAUAAUUCUGACCAUUAUAAUUAAUGCAAAAUUGCUUCCUAAGGGGUGUACCAUCAAAAUCUACCAUGACCCCAAAAAUCGUAUUUCUUUGAGUAAAAUUUGUGUGUGUGUUUCGAGGCUGGCUGCUCACAGUGUGUAAAACCCCCUACAGGCACUUUACGGUACUGCAGGGUUAAGCACACUUUUGGUCAUGGGGCAGCCACAGCGGAUGUUACAGUUAGGUGCCUGCAUAUGGAGGAAAGAUUGAAAGAGUGAAAGGAUAAAUUACAAACUGUAAAAAAAAGGUAAACAGUAUUUUAAUACAUGUGAUGUUAGAGUAAGUAGUUUAACGUUAUUAUUAUUAUUAGCCAAUGAAGAUGACGUUUUUAUCUACUUAAAGCUUUGCUUGGAUAAAAGUUUGCCAGGAUAUGUUGUGUUUGUUCGUUUUUAAGAAGACCCUGCUUGGCUAUUUUUAUAUGUCGGCUUUAUUAUACAUUUCAUUUUAAAACACAAAUUAUGCGUGUUUAUAUUCGGGAGUUUAUAUGUACAUGUGUGUAUAUAUAUACUGUAUAUAGACGUAUGUUGAAAAUGAGAAGACAACGAAUAAAUCCGGAAAGCGACGCUAUUCGGUAUGUGAGGUCAUCUUCGGACAAACGCGGAUUGGAAAUUAAAUUUAUCAAUUCAGAGAAAGGUAAGUUGUUUAUAACCAAUUUUUUUUCUUUAAUUAUUAACCUCGCAUUUAUAUUAGCGAAGUACGUUUGACAUACUCGGUCGUUCGCAGGACGUGGAGUGUUUGCGGUGGAGGCAUUGGAAAGGGGUGACUUUGUGGCAGAGUACCGCGGUCAGCUAAUAGACAGGGCUGAAAGUGAGAGGAGGAGGCGAGUGUAUCAUCCUGCCGCUGCCGUCUUUCUUUUCGACUUUAAAUGGAAUGGUAAAAGUUGGUGCAUUGAUGGAGCCAAAGAUGAUGGCUCUGUGGGAAGAAUGAUAAAUGACAACCACAAAAGUCCAAACUGCAAAAUCAAGAAACUGGCAGUAGAUGGAAUGCCACACCUCUGUCUGUUUGCUUUAAGAGAUAUUCUUCCUGGUGAAGAAAUCACAUACAGCUAUGGAGAUGGACCAUGGCCUUGGAGAAAGCAGGGAAAAGAAAAAGCCACCAUUAUAUCAUCACCAUUACAGACAAAUGACAAGGGCACUGGGGAAAGGGAUGUUGCCCAAAGCCAGAUCUUGGCUCAACAGCCUACACUGGCACAAGUAAAAGGCACUCUUGCUAUUGAUGAACAGAACCCUGAUGGAAGAGAGAAGGCCCUCAGUCAUAGCUUAGCUGAAAAGACUUCUGAACCUCAAGAGAAAGAAGCAGUUGUUACUAAUGAGCAGACUGAAGACAACAGUGGAUCUGACACUGAACCAGUUUCUUUAGAAAAGAGUGAGCUUGAUUGUACUGUGCCAAAACUUAGGCGCUCUGACAGUGUUAUUGUGAGUGAAGAGAUGCUUCAGAACUGUUCCGAGUCAUCAGAUUCCAGUAUGAACCAAAGCGAUGAUGACUACAUUCCUAAGUCAUCAGAAGAGAAUAGUCCAGACUGCAGUAGUGACAGCUUAUCAGCAUACAUGAGUGACAAAAUAGAUAAAGAUGAGAAAUCCUCUGCGUCAUGUUCCACAUAUGAUAGACCUGUACCUGAUUCCACUGUUUCAGACUCUGAAAGCAAAGAAUAUGAUCCAGUAUCUGUAAAGGCAGUUUCUGUAAAAACUGGUGGAGGAAGAGUAUAUGACAAAAAACAGUUUUGCCUUUUCUGUGGUAAGUCCUAUGCAAAAAUUGCCAGGCAUAUUGAACAAAUUCAUCACAAUGAGACUGAAGUUGCUAAAGCUCUCCAGUUUCCAAGAAAAUCAAAAGAAAGAAGACUUCAAAUAGAUCUUCUUCGAAACAGAGGCAAUUUUGCUCACAAUGUGGAAGUUUUAAAAAUGGGGAAAGGAAUGCUCGUACCUCGAAGACAACCUAGAAAUUGUUUGCCAUCUAAAGAUUUUGCACAUUGUUUAAAUUGUCAGGGUUUUUUUUUAAGACACAAUCUUUGGCGACACAUGAAACAUUGCAAGCUUAGAAAACGUGAUCAACCAAAACCUGGAAAAAAUAGGGUCCAGUCUUUGUGUGCAUUUGCUGAACCUGUGCCUCCUGGUGUUGACAGUGGCCUUUGGAAGCUAAUGAGUGAAAUGAUAAAAGAUGACAUUUCACUUAUAGUCAAGAAGGAUCCUUGCAUUUUACAAAUAGCACGACAUCUCUUUAACAGGCUCGGUUCAGACAUAUCUAAACAUGAAUACAUUCGUCAGAAGAUUAGAGAGCUUGGUCGUUUGUUGUUAUGUGCAAGACGAAUAACACCAUUGCAAAAUAUGAAAGACUUCAUAAUUCCAUCUAGCUUUCCACAUGUAGUAACAGCAGUGAAAUGUGUUGCUGGGUACGACCAGGAGAGUGGCACAAUGAAAACUCCUUCAUUAGCACUGAAGCUUGGCCACAGCCUUCAGAAAAUAGCAAAUAUAGUGGAAGCCCAGGCAAUGGUAGAAGAAAAUGAAAUGAUGGUAAAAAAUGCUCAAAGCUUCCGAAAAAUUUAUGAAACCCAGUGGAAUGAGCUAAUUUCAUCUGUAGCCCUAAGAUGUUUGAGAGAGUCAAAGUGGAAUGCACCUCAGCUUUUGCCUUUUACCGAAGAUGUGAAAAAAAUGCAUUUGUAUCUUGAUGACAAACAGGAAGAAAAUUACAAAAAUCUUCUAGCUGAGGCCUCUGCAAGAAACUGGGCAAGCCUUGCAAAAGUCACUUUAACACAAAUUAUUUUGUUUAAUCGCAAAAGAGAAGGAGAAGUUUCCAGAAUGCUUCUAAAUACCUUUUUGUUAAGAGAUGUAUCAGAUUUGCAUGGAGAUGUUGCUCUUGCUCUUUCGGAACUAGAGCAAAAGCUUUGCCAUCACUUUAUCAGAUUGAAAUUAAAGGCAAGCGUGGAAGGAAGGUUCCUAUACUGCUGUCACCAGCUAUGCACAGAGCAAUGAAGUUGCUUGCAGAAAAAAGAGAUGUUUGUGGUGUGCCAUGUGACAACAACUAUAUGUUUGCAAGACCUUCGGCUCUAUCUCAUUUUCGUGGAUCUGAUUGUAUUCGGCUUUUUGCCAAAGAAUGUGGAGCAAAAAGUCCUAAAAC